UGUCUUGCUCAGGCAAGCGCUUAAUCUCUGGUGUGUAAGAUGAUGCGUUCUUGCUCGUUGAUUAUUGCUCCGAACCAUCAACCAUGGCUGCCGGCAAGUCCGAUGGGUCGUCGGACGCGGCCAGCCUCGCCCUCCGCAUCGCCACCGUGGCGCUGUCGGUGGCGUCGGCGGCCAUGAUGGCGUCCGCCUCCCAGCGCUCCUGCGCCGGCUGCGCUCCGGCGACCCAGGUCUCCUACAGCGACUACAGCUCCCUCAAGUACUCUCUCGUCGCCAACGUCGUAUCGGCGGCGCUGCAGGCGGCGGCGGCGUGGCUGGCGGUGCGCGGCAGGGAGGGCGAAGGCAAGGCGGCCAAGUCGCUGGCCGAGCUCGUCGACACGGCCGCGCAGGUGUUCCUCUACUCGUCCUCGGCGCUGGCGUUCUCGGUGGACGACUUCGGCACCUGCGGCCGCAGGGUCGCCGGCGUCUGCACGGGCUCCGGCGAGUUCUGCCAGCGGGCCCGCACGUCCGGUGCCGUCUCGAUGGCGGCUCCCGUCGCCCUGGCGGCGUCCAAGUACCUGAAGGACGUGCCGGUCUCGACUUGAUUCAAGGGUGAUGAAACCAAGGCCAAGUCGGGCUGUGGCCGCGGCUGCCAUUGUCACCACUAGAGCUCAUCUCAUGCGACCGUCGUCGUCAAGCUGAGAUUUGCAGAAAGUUUGCUUUUUAUGGUUGAAUCGCCUUAGUUUGUUGUCAGAAGAUUGAUUAUCCUUCUAAUUUUGCUAUGAUCCGCAUUGAAAACUUGGAGCAGGAUGUGUUCUUGGGGAGUUUCA